CUCUUACUGUGCGGGUGAUAAUAAAUUAGUUAUAAAUUCACAAGUUCUGCGGACGCCCGUUGUGCAUGACAAGUAGCUGAUAAAAAGAAGUAGCCCUGAAGCAAUGUCUCUUGGAAGGAUAGGAAAAUUACAAUUUUGCAUAGCAAAAGCAAUAAGAAGAGCGUAUUCGAACGCUGGAAUUCCGGAAUUAACGCAGGUGCGACACAAUGUGAAACGCAGUCCGUUCACUGAACUAGAAGACAAGGACAUUGCCGUCUUUGAAUCCAUCGUAGGCAACCGUAACGCCUUGCGCGAAGACUUGCAAGCCUAUAAUGUGGACUUUUGGAACACCGUACGGGGCAACAGCAAAUUGGUGUUAAAGCCCGCCUCCACACAGGAAGUAGCUGCCAUUUUAAAGUAUUGCAAUGAGCGCAAAUUGGCGGUUUGCCCGCAAGGUGGCAAUACUGGUGUGGUAGGCAGUUCAGUGCCGGUUUUCGACGAAGUUGUGCUAUCUCUGGCACGCAUGAACAAAAUCAUACACAUCGAUGACAUCACCGGCAUAACUGCCUGUGAGGCUGGUUGUAUUUUGGAGAAUUUGGAUAAUAAGGCGUGUGAAUUGGAUUUAGUAGUGCCACUGGAUUUGGGCGCCAAGUCCAGCUGUCACAUUGGUGGUAAUGUUUCCACCAAUGCAGGUGGAUUGCGCGUGGUGCGUUAUGGCAAUCUACAUGGCAGUGUGCUGGGUUUGGAAGUGGUGUUAGCGAAUGGUGAAAUUUUGGAUUUGAUGUCAGACUUCAAAAAAGACAAUACCGGCUAUCAUUUGAAACAUCUCUUCAUUGGCGCCGAGGGUACGCUGGGUGUGGUCACCAAAGUUUCGCUGCUGUGUGCGCCACAACCACAAGCGCAGAAUUUGGCAUUUUUGGGUUUGCCCAAUUUCGAUGCUGUGCUCAAGACCUUCCAGAGCGCUAAACGUAAUUUGGGCGAAAUUCUGUCCGCUUGUGAAAUGAUUGAUGCACCAACCUUGCAGGCUGAUUUGGAUCACUUUGAGUUGAAUCCACCUAUAUCAGGUUAUCCAUUUUAUAUGCUGCUCGAGACUUCUGGCAGCAAUGUGACACACGAUUUGGAGAAACUAAAUAAGUUUGUGGAAAUUGGUAUGGAAAAGGGCGAAAUCAUUGAUGGCACUAUAGCAAAGGGCGCACGUCAAAUGCAAGAAAUUUGGAAGCUGCGCGAAUUGGCGCCAAUGGCUUUGGGAAAAGAUGGCUAUUGCUUUUACUACGAUCUUUCGUUACCGCUGCGCGAUUUCUAUAGCAUCGUAGACGUGUUGAGGGAGCAGGUUGGACCGCUAGCAACGCGAGUAACAGGAUUUGGGCAUUUAGGCGACUCCAAUUUACAUUUGCAGGUUACAUGCACCGAAUAUACAGACGAACUUCAUCGCAAAAUCGAGCCGUUCAUCUAUGAAUACACGCACAAGCUAAAAGGCAGCGUAAAUGCUGAACAUGGCAUAGGUUUUCUUAAGAAGAACUACUUGAAAUACAGUAAAUCACCUGAAGCGAUUGCAAUGAUGCGCGAUGUGAAGAAGUUGUUGGAUCCCAACGGUAUAUUAAACCCAUACAAAGUGUUGAAUUGAGAAUUGAGUUUGCAUUUACUCUUG